AUGUCCUCGGACGAGGAGCCCGCCUCGGGCCUUGCGCACUCUCAGCUUCCCACGCCGGACGCGCGGCUUUCUGCUGGUAAACAAGUUUCCCCCCUCAGCCACGACCGUUUUGAAUUCCCUCAAGUCAACUCGAUGUGCUCAAAAGACGGGGACUCGUCGAGCCGCUCGACCACGGUGGACAGCUUUGUCGAGCUCCUGCGCAGUGCCGUCCCCACGGAGCUUAUCCCGCGAAACCUCCACUGCUACAUGGUUCGAGAAUCCAACGCUCGCCUGGAAAUGGCAAAGGCCGCUGGCGUUGAGCUUGGCGAGCUCAGCAUUGGCGACGACUGCCUGCCGACUUGGCCCGACCUGCACUGGGACCCGGACACCGAGUCGCUUCAUGCAGUCAUACAGAACCGCCUUGUCGAUUUCCAGGUCUCACAGGACCUGGGAGACCUGAUCCGCGAGGAAAUCGUGAUAAAGGGGAACUUGAAGCUAUCGCAAGCCCGGGAGCUUGGCGUCGGCAUCAAGAACCUCUCGAUUGGCUUCAACCUCUUGCCCACCUGGGACCCUGCACAGAGUGAUGUCGAGGACGGACCGGUCGUCAUUAUCGAUGAUGAUGAGUCGGCUCUCGACUCUGAGGCGACGGCGUCGCAAGCGGAUAACUUUUCGGUUGCGCUUCCGUCGGAUGCCAUCCUCAUCACGCCCGUGACGGAUGUCUUUGACAGCCAUUCCUUGUCCACUCCUCGGCGGAGCAGUCUGCCCUCCCCUAGUGGGAGCGACUGCGACAGCGACGAUAGGGACGGCGGCGGCGAUGAGUUUGACGACGUAAUCACGUUGGAAAACUACGUCUCGGCGCUGCCAGUCUACGAAUACGGCGAUGCUGUCAACAUUUUGCACGACGUGCAGCUUGUCGGUGGCCCGGAAGGCGUGUCAGAAGUUGACCUGGAGGUCUAUCUCGUCGAGGGUGACGACGACGUCGCCGACCUGUCCGAAGUCGAGCUUGCCAUUGACCGAGAGGUUUACGAGUGCCUUUUUGGAGACGAUGAGGCUAUCGACAUUGAGAUUCCGGGAACGGAAUUGUUCUGCUUCAAUUGCGUGGACGAGGCCGUGAGCGACACUGAUGACCUCGAGAACCAUGUGUCGUUGCAGGCGGACUCCUCUUUGGGACUCGGGCUUGACGAACUGGAGUCCCUUGAUCAUUCUGAAGAGGCCACUGAGGACGACGAUCGUGGGCCGACGCCGGUGGACUCCUCUUUGGGGCUUGAGGUCGAAGACCUGGAGUCACUUGAUCAUUCUGAAGAGGCCACAGAUAAUGACGAUGACAGCGAAGCCAGUCAAGAAGGUGGCGAUCUAGGCAAUGACCAGCAUCACCAUAACGAAGACGAGCUCGGCAACAUUUAG